AUGCAGAAGAGGUUCACCACUCAGGAGGCAUUGGAACUGAUUCUGAGCAGUGCCAGCCCUUGUGAUUCAGAUGGAGAAGACAUAGACCUUCAACUGGAUUCGGACUCUGAGCUGUCUUCAGAUGAGGAGACUCUCCCUCUACCAAAAAAGAGAGCUCGUUUGGGGAGUGAGUCAUCGGAGACCGCGACUGAUGGCACAGUGUGGCGUGAAGAACAAGUGGGGACACAUCUCCAUUUCACUCCAAUAGAACCGUACGCCACAGAUGGAGAGCCAAGUGCUGAGGCCAGACAAAGUAUCCGGAGUCGCCUUGACAGCUUCCUCUGUUUUAUCACCCUUGACAUGCUUAGUAGCAUUCGAGAAUGGACUAUUCAACAUGCACGUCACACGGAGCAGCUGGAUUGGUCCUUGGAUCUCCCGGAACUGAUGGCAUUUAUUUCAGUCAUUAUCUUGCGGGGGGUGACCAAGGUUCCAUCACUAUGUGACAGCUGGUCAGCAAACCUGGCAAACCCAAGGAUCAUUGCUACUAUGGCCCGAAGCCGCUUCCAAGACAUCAUGCGACACCUACGCUUUGAUGACAUGUCUACACGCAGUGAGCGAGCGGAGACCGAUAAGUUUGCUGCAAUCUCCGAUGUUUGGGGAUCGUUUGUCACUAACUGCAUCGCAUCCUACAACCCUGGUCGACACAUCACUGUUGGUAAACAGAUUUUUCCAUCAAAGACUCGCUGCUGUUUCCUGCAAUACACUGCAACAAAACCGGACAAGUUUGGCAUCAAGUUUUGGGUGGCUUGUGACUUGAAAUCAAAAUACAUCUGUAAUGUCUUCCCAUAUCUUGGCAAGGACCCCGAUCGUCCCAGCGGGGAGAGACUGUCCGAGACUGUAGUGAUGAGGCUGAUGGAACCGUUCUUGGACAAGGGCAGAACUGUAACCACAGACGAUUUCUUUACAUCACUGUCACUUGCACAACGACUGCUUAGCAGGAAAACCACUAUCCUCGGCACAGUCGACAAGAGACGCCGGGAAAUUCCUCAGUCCGCUAGACAGAUGGAUCGCACUGAAUUCACCACUCAGGUGUUUUCAACCACUGGUGCCACGCUGACAGUGUAUGCGCCCAAACGGAAUAAGGCCGUUUACGUUCUCAGCAGCAUGCACAGCGUGGUUGAGACUGAGGAUACCACCAAAAGGAAGCCAAACACGGUCACAAAAUACAACAAAACAAAGUGCGGCGUGGAUGUGAUGGACCAAAUGGUGCGGGAGUACAGCGUGCGUGCAGGAACACGGAGAUGGCCAGUUGCCGUGUUCUACAACAUGAUUGACAUGGCAGCACUGAAUGCACAUGUGCUUUAUCAGGCAUGCAUUGGGGUGCAGGAGAGACGGGUGGACUUCCUGGUUGAGCUUGCAAAAGAGUUGGGUAACUCUUAUGUGAGUGAGAAGAAGGCACACAAGGAGAAACUGCUUCGGCAACAACCCUCCACACCCAGCUCAGGCAAAAGGGCAAAGUGUCAGGUCAACCAUCGAUGCAAGAACAAUCGUGCAACUGUGAGAUGUGUUGACUGCUACAAAUACACAUGUGGCAAAUGCACAAAGGUCAUACCCUGGCAGUGCCAGGUAUGUUCCGACAGACAGACUGCUGAGUGAGUGCUGAAAUGUCAGUCACACAAGGACAUGCCACUCACAUGCCCCCCACUGUGCCUAGUGUAAAUAUGUGUGGAGUGGUUUUAUUUCUUGUAUUUUUUGUAUCGUUUUUAAUGACAAAAAUAAAAAGCA